AUGUCUUCUCAGCACUUGUGGCCAGCAGGCGGCAUUAUUGCCACACUUCUCUCCCCUUUUCGACCAGCUAUGGGCACCAGGCUGGUCAACUGGGCUCGGCAUUUUCGGCUUGUCGGUCCAGUCCUCUGCUAUCUCUUCCCCGAGGAAGAAGGCCCUCAUCCUAAUCAGCGGGAUGGGGAGCCUCAGGUUGGUCUCGAUGCUGAAUCUAUUGCCCUGCUACAUGAUGCUCUGCGUGACGCCGUGCAGGGAGGUCUUCAGGCCGCUGGUAUCGAUCAGGCGCUGACCACUGAACUUCGAAGGCAGAACACGUUGCUUCAACAGCUCGUCGAUGCUAUAGAACGGAGGCGGAAUGAGGCAAAUGAUCGUCCCGCCGAUACCUACACAGUCACAAGCACCAUCACGUGA